AUGCAAGAUCAAUUCAGCAUCAUCCUUUAUUUUUUUCUUGUUGUUUUUGUUCCAUUCCAAGUGACCUCACUAUACCAACCUUUCAAUGAAGAUAUGCUAGGGUUGAUUGUGUUCAAAUCAGGUCUAGAAGAUCCAAAAAACAAACUUUCUUCAUGGAAUGAAGAUGAUUAUAGUCCUUGCAAUUGGGAAGGUGUAAAAUGUGACCCUUCAACUAAUAGAGUUUCUUCUCUUGUUCUUGAUGGUUUCUCUCUUUCGGGCCAUAUCGGUAAGAGUGUUAUGAAGUUGCAGUUCCUUCAAAUUCUUUCACUUUCUAGGAACAACUUCACUGGGAAAAUAAACCAUGAUCUUCUUGUUACACUUUGGAAUCUAAAAGUUGUUGAUUUGAGUGAAAAUAGUCUCUCUGGAACAAUUCCGGAUGAGCUUUUUCGUCAAUGUUGGUCAUUAAGAGUUUUAUCAUUGGCGAAAAACAAUCUAACGGGUAAGAUUCCCGAGUCUUUGAGCUCGUGCUACUCGUUAGCAAGUUUGAACUUUUCGUCUAAUCAGUUGAAUGGUGAAUUACAUUCCGGAAUGUGGUUUUUGAAGGAACUUCAAUCGCUUGAUCUAUCGAAUAAUUUUCUUAAAGGCGAAAUUCAUGAAGGAGUUCAAAAUCUAUAUGAUUUGAGAGAGUUAAGGCUAGGGAGGAAUUUUUUCACCGGUAGGAUUCCGGAGAAUAUAGGAAACUGUUUGCUCUUGAAGUUGAUCGAUUUCAGUUAUAAUCUUCUAACCGAUGGAAUCCCGGAGUCAAUACAAAGACUCACUUCAUGCACAUUAUUGAAUUUGCAAGUGAAUUUUCUCAAUGGAAGCAUUCCUCGUUGGAUCGGCGAAUUGAAUAAUCUUGAGAUAUUGGAUCUUUCUUCUAACACAUUUUCGGGUUCCAUUCCUUCUGGAAUCGGAGGUCUUACAAGUUUGCAAGUUUUGAAUUUAUCUACAAACAAUAUAUUUGGUUCGAUUCCGGCGAGUAUAAAAGAGCUUAAAUCUUUGUAUGUUCUUGACUUAAGUGAUAACAAGCUUAAUGGAAGCAUUCCUUUAGAAAUAGAAGGAGCAGUUUCACUUGUUGAGUUGAAGCUUCAAAGGAAUUUGUUAGGUGGAAGAAUUCCACUUCAAAUUGCAAAAUGUUCAGCUCUAAAAUCUUUGAAUCUUGCACACAACAAUCUUAUUGGUUCAAUCCCUACAUCAAUUGCAAACCUAACAAAUCUUCAAUAUGCAGAUUUGUCAUGGAACAAACUCUCCGGAACUUUACCGAAAAAGCUCACAAAUCUUACACAUCUUUCCUCAUUCAAUGUUUCAUAUAACCAUCUUCAAGGUGAACUUCCAAUUGGUGGAUUCUUCAACACAAUCACUCCCUCAUUUGUUCAUGGAAAUCCAUUGUUGUGUGGUUCUGUUGUUAACCACUCAUGCGACCGAUCUUAUCAUCCUAAACCUAUUGUUUUGAACCCUAAUUCAAAUUACAACAACUCAAGAACUUCAUUACAAAACCAUCAUCAUAAGAUAAUGCUUAGUAUAUCGGUUUUUAUUGCUAUUGGUGCGGCGAUUUCUAUUGUUGUUGGUGUUGUUGCUGUUACUCUUUUGAAUAUUCAUGUUAGGUCUUUGGUUUCGCAUUCUGGUUCUCCGUUUGGAUUAUCCGGUGGUGAGGAUAAUAGUUUUUCGCUCGAAAAAGAUCCAAAAUGUGGAAAACUUGUGAUGCUUAAUGGCGAUGUUGUUGAGUUUUCCGAUGAGGUGAAUAAUCUUCUUAAAGAAGGUAAUGAAAUUGGCCGUGGUGGAUUUGGAGUUGUUUACUGUGUUGUCCUUCGAGAUCAAAAUUUCGUUGCGAUCAAGAAGCUUAUAGGUUCGAGUUUGACGAAAUCACAAGAAGAUUUUGAGAGAGAAGUUCAAAAGCUUGAGGGAGUUUGCAUAAGCUUCUACAUGACGAUGAUCAAAGCAGAAUUGUGUUUUCUUGGAGAGCAAGACCAUUGUGUUUUGAGCAGCAAAAUUCAAAGUGCGCUAGGAUACACGGCUCCUGAGUUUGCGUGUCGCACGGUUAACAUAACUGAAAAAUGCGAUGUAUAUGGUUUUGGAAUUUUGAUUCUAGAAAUUGUGAGCGGAAAAAGGCCGGUGGAAUAUAUGGAGGAUGAUGUCGUUAUUCUAUGUGAUAUGGUAAGAAGUUCAUUAGAGGACGGGAAAAUUGAACAAUGUAUCGAUGAAAAACUUAUUGGUCAUUUUUCACCUGAAGAAGUGAUUCCUUUGAUUAAAUUAGGAUUGGUUUGUGCGUCGCAAGUACCUUCGAGUCGUCCCAAUAUGGAUGAUGUUGUCAACAUAUUAGAGACGAUCCAAUGCUCUUCAGAAGGACAACAAGAGGAAAUACAAUGA